GCAUAAAAUAUCUAGGUUGGUGCAGAUUACAGUCACAUUUAGACGGAGACAUGAAGUUGAACAUGCAAUAUUUUGGGAUUUUGGUUGUUGCGGUUAUUUGUUUAUUUGGACAGGGAGAAUGUGGAGAAUGCUGUAGAAUCCGUAAUCCAUUGACGAGCGACACAGAUGAGAAGUGGUGUAGCGAUUUCUGCUGUGUCACCCUACAGACUACAUACUGCUGCAGUGAACAAGCCUUGCAGGCCCCUACUGAGGACCGACUUCCUUUUUGUGGUGCCUGGUUCAGUGCCUAUGUGUGGGUCCCUAUUGUGGUAUCUAUUGGGAUUGUGGUGCUGUGUGUUGGCUGUUGUGUCUGCUGCUGCAGAGCAUGCUGUGGUAGACAACGUGAUACCGUCAUCGUCCAAGGAAUGCCAACAGGUGGUACCACAGUAGUUGCCCAACAACAGACAGCAAUGAUGAGUCCAGUAUCAACACCAUCACCUUAUAACGCAGGAUAUAACCAGCCCUGAUCCAAGCCCUGCAGAAAUGGAGUGCAGGCUGUGUAGCAUAUCAUUUUUUUUGGUCUCAGCUGACAGCAGAAGCAUUUUUAUAACUAGCAUUUUUAAAUUUUUCUUUUUAUGUUUUUUCACAAAGUAUAGUGGGUAAUGUUGUAGUUCAAUGCUGUUUUAUUAAGAAUCUGCUUCAUCUGACUUUUUACAUACCUUGUAAAUAUUUUUCUAUUCAUUUGAAAGAAAUCACUGAUAACUAAAAGGAUUUCACAAAUAGUGAAGUGUAAUGAUACUCAUAGACUUAUGUUGCAUAAUCAUUCUCGUGUAUAUUUUUAAGAAAUCAAGUACUUUUCAUGUAUUAUUCUUAACUGUCAUUAAAAAGUCUUCAAAUUAAA